GAGCAGAAAAGGAAACAGAAGCUGAGUCUCCAAAAGCCACAGGGAUAGGAACAGACGAACAAGAUGAGGCACAACUUUCAUGUUUGUCGGAAACCCCAAAACUGAUUGCAUCCUCAACACAAAGCUGUAUCUAACUGUGCUUCAUAGAAUGUGAUUGGGUGAUGUCUGUCAUGACAUUGUGACAGAAGAAAUGGCAGACUGACCGUAUUGUUAUCCUUCACGAUAAAAUGGCACAUCAGGACCGUUGUCAUCUAUGUCCACAUUUUUAAUAUUUGUGAGAGGACAGACCACCGUGAAACUAGCAUCCAGAUGAGUAUCCAGACACCAUGCCCUGUUUGAAAAAUCCUCUGUGGCAAAAUGAGCUGACACAGUCAGUCUUUAUCCCGACAAACCUCUCGACAACCGUCGCCUCACGCUCUUUCACGAAGGCAGCAGGCCCUUACGGGUGGCAUUGUGACUUUUAUUGCCAAGCAAAUGUGCACAGACACCCAAAUGUUUAAAGGUGAAGCAGCAGCCAGUGAGUCAGACAGGAAUGAUGUUUUGGUCUUUUGCCUGCUACCUCCAUGGAAGACGAUGCGGUGGUCCAACGUCAGCUGGAGGUUGAUGCUUAACAUUCGUCGUCUAAACACCUGAUCACAACUUCUUGUUGCUAAGGGUCAUGAGUGCCUGUCCCAGCUGAUCUCAGACAAAAGGUAGUUAUCACCCUGAACUGGUCACCAGUCAGUGAUAGGGCACAUGCACGCAUAGACUACGACUGUUGCUCUCAUUCACACCAUCACUGAGUGGGAAUUGAACCCCCACUUCACCACCAAAGUCAGGUUGGAGUGCUGGAGCCCAUCCCAGCUAUCAUCAGACAGGAGGCAGGGUACACCCUGAAUUGGUCGACAAGAAUAAUAAUCAUCAUCAUAAUAAUGCACUAUACUUUUUUAGCACUUUUCCAGACACUCAAAGGCACUUAACAAUUGCAUGCACUCUUCAUUCACUCCACAUUCACGUGCUGGUGGUAACUACUGUACUUGUGUAGCUCCAGCUGCCUUGGGUUAUUCUGACAGAACCAUGGCCACCAUUCUGUACCAGUGCCCCCUACGACCACCACCAAUCAUUCAACAAUCAUUCAUUCUUAGGCAAUGUCUUGCCCAGGGCCACAGGAACAACAGACACUUGGGCAGGGGAUACGACCCUCCACUUGCAGAAAAUGCGCUUAUCUGCUGCACCAUGCUGCCCGCAAUCAUGAUCACUGUUUAAUAUAUAUAUAUAUAUAUAUAUAUAUAUAUAUAUAUAUAUAUAUUAUUCUUUUCCUUUCGACUUGUCCCGUGAGGGGUUGCUACAGCGUGUCUUUUACCAUCUAAGCCUAUCUCGUGCAUCUUCUUCUCUAACACCCACUGUCCUCAUGUCCUCCCUCACAACAUCCAUCAAUCUUUUCUUAGGUCUUCCUCUUGCUCUUUUGCCUGGCAGCUCCAUCAUCAGCACCCUUCUACCAACAUACUCACUCUCUCACCUCUGAACAUAUCCAAACCAUUGAGAUCUGCUCUCUCUAACCCUGUCUCCAAAACAUCUAACUUUGGCUCUCCCUCUAAUGAGCUCAUUUGUAAUCCUAUUCAUGUCUUGCUCAUUUUCCCACAUCCUGUCUUGUCCUGUCCUUUUCUGUGGUUCUCUUGUGGUGUCGUUAGUUAUUGCAUGUCCUCAGUGGGUGUACGACCCCCCCCCCCCACACACACACACCUCAAUCUGCAAAUAACUGUCGUCACGUUACUUAUAUUCAAAUAUCAAGACUGUGUCAGUGUUGUUUUGCUGUGGUUUUCAACCCUAGUCCCCCUGUCCACUCGUUCCCUCUGUUUGGCUCCUGAAACCCUUUCCUCUCUGGCUGCAUUUUCAGUAAGGAUCAGAAUAAUUAAAAAUAAAGUGAGGGAAUAUUUCAAACUCCCCUGGUGCACUGGAAAAUUUUUCCACCACAAAGGUAUAGAGAUCCACCAUUCUGCAAGGCUGUGCAUCUGAACAGGACAGGUUUUUUUUUUAAAAAAAAAAAACAACUUCCUCUUCGAAGUCAGAGACUCUCUGUAUUUCAACGUAAGCGUUACCCUGGAAACGGCACUCGCCUGCCCAAGGGCGAGUCAUGCUCGGUGGGAGGUUUAGGCACUUGUAUAUAAAAGACAUAAGAGGAUGCCACAUGCAUUCAUUCUUCCAUCAUUUGGUUGCCCUCCUCCAUCAUGUGGUGUUCGGCUCUUCUUCAGACCUCGCUGCUCCUCUGCCUCGCCAGACAAACUCUGCAAGGCGGGGUUAAAGCUCAGGGUGUGUCCUGGAGGAGGAUCAUCCCAGCCAGAGGUGUCGGCAUUGGAACCAAAGGAGUGAAUGGUGCCCACGGAGCACUGGCGAGCAGAUAUGCCAACAAACCACUGAAAGCAGGAAUUGGCCAUUAUCAUGUUCCCAGUCCACUAGGAGGUGGGGGUUACCAACAACUUGGACGAGGUGUCGUACCCGGACGAUUUCCUGCCUAUGGAAACCAUGCUCUCUCUGGUGGUAACCUUGGCACGGACUUGCCAGCUGGCCUCGCGCCUGCGAAUGGCGCGAGCUUGGGCCACGGAGGCAAACGAGUUUAUGGUGUUGGCCCUCUUCCAGGGUACACACCUUACAACAGCAUGGGCUACCCUGCCGUGCGACCAGGUUAUGUUAAUGGUGCAGGGAACAACUAUCUUGGAGGAAACCUGGCCCCAGGGGCUUACGGACCAGCUUUAGGGCAAGGAGGUUACAUGGGAACAGCUGGGAACCUUGGAGAUCCAGCUGCUCUUGGUCAGGGGGGAUACACAAAAGGUCCUGCAGGGGUAUCAACAGGUUAUGGUAACGGUGCUGGAAGAUACGGGGGUGCUCUGCCAGGCAAUGGCUUGGGUUAUGGGAAUGGUUAUGGAAACCCUUAUGGAGCUGCUCUGGGUACUGGAGGUUACGCUGGACAGCCUCAGGUCCCAUAUGGAGGUCUUGGUGGUGGUCUGGACCCAACAGCUGGUAAAUAUGGAGGCGCGUCACCAGUAGCAGAAGCUCAGGUUCCUUAUGGUGGCGCUCCCGUGGCAUCCGCCAGACUUGAAGGAGACGGUGGGUACCCUUACGUACCCCAGCCCAUCGGCCUGAGCGGUGAUGGCAGCAAAAGUGCCAGCAAACAUGGUUCAGCAUAUGGAGGUCCACAAGCAGGCUAUGUACCACAGCAGCUAGGCCCAAGUCAAGAUACUUUGGGAGCAAAAGCAGCCAAGUACGGUGCAGGAACUGGACCACUUGCAGGUGGAUACAAAGGUUGAUGCAAAUGACCUUUUGGCUUUCAAGUGUAUCAUUCCCCUUCACUGAUUUUUUUUUUUCAUUAUUUUUAUUUUUUUUUAAGUCUCUCUCUGUGUUAUAUUUUUGUAAUCUUUAUGUAACAGACCUUUGUUAAGCAUGCACUCGCUGGAGAACAUGAAAGUGACGUGACAACGAGUGGAUGAUGUAUUUUAAAAUAAAUAUGGAAAAAACAA